UAUGAGGAGCGCCACAUAUACACACACGUGUGCAGGACGGCAUGUAGUGUCAGUAGCACAUGUGUAGAUAAGUGUGUUUAUGUGAAUGUAUAAAGUGUCAUUAGAAGUGGUUUAAACACGAGCAGCUGAUUAGAUUUUGUUUGUGAUGAUGGGCGAGCACGAGCUCUAUCCGCCGCCGAACUUCAGCAGUCCAGCAGAACCACCAUCAUCUUCAGUCCGCUGGAGUCCACAGCAGCAGAACCAGAUGAAGUUCGAGGCGAAUAGAGACUGGAGCUGGACUCAAUCCGCACCGGCCGGACUCUGGAGCUCAAGCCCGUCUCCGGUUCAUUAUCACGGACAACAGCAUCAUCAUCAGCAUCAUCAUCAUCAUCAUCAGUACAGACAGGGCUGGCAGACUCAUGGACAACAGCAGCAGUGGGGCAAGAAGCAGAAGCAGCAGAAAGAGGCAGAGUUCAGUCACUUCUGUGACACGUGUGACAGAAGCUUCAAAAAUCAAUACAAAUAUGAUGAACAUAUUUCACAGCAUGUCAAGUGUUCUGUUGAUGACUGUAAUUUUACUGCUCAUGAGAAGCUGGUGAAGAUCCACUGGAGGAAUAAUCACGCUCCUGGUGCCAAGAGAAUCAAACUGGACACACCAGAGGAGAUCACCAGGUGGAGAGAAGAGAGACGCAAAAACUAUCCGACGCUGAGCAACAUGAAGAAGAAACUGAAGCUGAUGGAGAUGAAGGAGCAGCGAGGAGACGUGCUGGAGACGGCGCAGUUUGGUCGUAUGAAGAGGGGGUCGUGCAGGGGUCGUGGAGGUCAGUAUCGGGGACGAGGGUUCAACAGGCGCAGUGAAGGAGUGAAUGAAAGAUUUCAGUUCAAGAACUCGGAGACGGAGCAGCACGUGCCUCUGAAACGACCUCAUGCGGACGCAGACCCGCUCGGAGCUCUCGCCAACAGUGACCCAGAGUCUGAUAAAGAGGAUUCAGUUAAACAGAAGCAGGCUGGAGUAUCUGUUGCCCCUAAAAAUGUGACCUCUGCCCUGGGGUCACUGAUGUCCAGUUAUGGAGACGACAUGACAACCAGUGAGAGUGAAGCAGAUACUGAUGAUGCUGUUGUGCUCAGAGCUGGUCAGGUGGUGCAGGAGAAGAAAGCUUUACUGCCAGCUCAUCCAGUUCCUGUCCAGAAGAACACAACACAACACGAGAAACCUGCAGAUGGACCGCAGACGUCCCAUCAUCCACCGGCCGGGAGAGGGAGAGGAGGCAGGGGUCGUCACGGGGUCAGGGGUCGUAGAGGAGGUCAAGGGAACCCCAGUGAACCACGACAACACCGACCAACACUGCUGGAGAUGUUAUUGGCUCCUGAUAUUCGUCAUGAGAGGAACAUUGUUCUUCAGUGUGUUCGAUUCAUCGUCCGCAAAGGAUUCUUUGGUCUGGCUGAUAAAGACUGUAACAAAAUCAACCUGAGUUCAAACACAACUGUCGGUACACGAGACUCGUCGUGUGAAGAUGAUGGUGAGCACAACAGAGCGACAGAUGAGAGCAUCACAAGACAUGAACAAGAACUGACACAGACAGACAGCCGGAGCAGCCAAUCACAGGAGGAGCUCAAGACUUCAGAUCAUUCCACCAAUCACACAGCGGUCUGUCAGAUGUCUCCAGUGAUGUCACAGCGCUCUGACAUCCGUAACACAGACACAUGUGACGUCAGAGAUGGAGUCUCGUCUCAGAGUCCAGUUAAAGCCCAGCGGCCCAGUGUGUUCCUGCAGCUGUUUGCUCACAGUUUAGUGUGUGAAGAACCAGACGAGCGACAACCGAACGAAAACUCUCCUGACGUGUCAGACGAGUGUCGAAACACAUCCACAGACGCAGUAGAUGAACCAGACGAAUGUAAACAACCGUGCAGAGCUCCAUAGUGAUGAUGAUCAGUUUAUUCAUUUGUGCAUCAUUAUUAAUCAGAUGUUUUGUAUAGACUAAUUGAACCUGUCAUAAAAGGAGCUUAAGGUCAAAUGAUAUCACUGUAUGAUGAUGAUAUUAAAAUCCAUUUUGAUUGACAUUUAUUAUAAACUAGCCAAUACAAUCAG